UUAGUGGGCAUUAUCCCUGUAUGAGGUCCAUUUAAACAUGAUCAAUCAAUUAAUUUUGAGCCCUAACACUUUUGUAUUUCUUCCACUUCUGCUUUUCAUAUGGCAUUUUGUAUUAUCCGACUGCCAGUGGGCACUGUGUUUUGUGUUGUUCAAUGUAUAUUCAAUUCACAGCGCCUGUAUCGUUUUAAACUCCGCUCAAAAGUUGGACAUCUUUAAGGCGAAAAGUGGGCUCUGGGCUCUUGUACAUCCAAGAAGAUGGAAAGGUGUUGGGAACAAGCAGACACUGGCGCAGUUCGUGCCUUGUGGGACGUGUCCCGCAGCUCUGUUCCCGAAGCCUGGAAUAAAGCUUGCGCAGAGGCAUCCACAUGCCAUCUUGAAGCAGACCAGGCUGAGAAUCUCCUGAACUUGUUGCAAAUAUUUGCUCCUCUCAAGCCUGUUCAGGGAAAUGCAGGAGGUGUGAGGCCGUUCGUGGACCAUCCAGACGGUUUCAUGGUGGCUAGUUGUCACCGAAAAGAUGUCGGAAACGCGAUAUGGAAUUGCGCGAAUCAGGUCUCUCUGAGCCCAGUGCAAAGAUUCCCAAACCCAUUUGGUGUACUAUCAGAUCACGUCUGAUUGCGUCCCGGUUUGCAGAAUAUGUUUGCCAGCUUUCAUCUUCUCAAGCUGGGGGCAGUCUGGCGAGUGUUUUCAGUGAGAUUUUGCAACCUUGUUUGGUUUCAAAUUUAGGAAGAAUGUGUCGAAAAAUGUGCAUUGUUCGUUCAUUGUCAACGCUCGUGAAGUCUUUUAAGGUGAUAAUGGUGUAAUGUGCUCGUCUGUCCAGUUAA